AUGGAUCAAUGUCCACCUGCUUCCGGUCUCGCGGCGGCGCGGGACGCGGACGGGCGCCUGGAUGGUGGCGCCGAGGUCGAGUCUGACCUGUGGGACUCGCGGUUUAUGCUCCGCGGGGACCACGACGCCGACGCCCUGCACAACGCCAGAUGGGGCCCGCGCGGGUGGUUCAAGCCGUCGUGCGUGCCCAUCUCGGUGAUCCUGGUGCUGAUCGUGCUGGUGGUGCUGCUGCCGCUGAUGGACGGGCCCGCGGCGCGGCCGCCCCCGCCGGCGCCGCCCCCACCACCCCGCCCCCGCGCCUCCCGCGCCCUGCGGCGCCUCUUGCAGUUUCAUAUUUUCAGGAUCAGCCUGGUGGAGAGUAUUCCCGAAGGACUACAAUAUCCAUCUGGCUCUGCAUCACACCCAUCCACUCACCAAACAUGGUUGGACCUCAUUCAGGCCGCUGAGUAUUCCAUUGAGAUUGCCUCCUUCUACUGGACCCUGCAGCAAGGGGAGGUGUACCCAGACCCCUCUUCCAAGCAGGGUGAACAAGUGUUCCAGAGUCUGCUAGAAGCAGGCACCAAACGCAAUGUUUCUGUGUUCAUUGCUCAGAAUAAGCCUGAGCCAAAGCAGCCAAAUAUUGACACGGACUUUCUCGCAUCCAAAGGCGCUGCGCAGGUUCGAAGUGUAGACUUCCAAAGAUUAAUGGGAGGUGGUGUCCUGCAUACAAAACUUUGGAUCAUAGACCGUACUCAUGUUUAUGUGGGAAGUGCUAACAUGGACUGGCGUUCUCUUGCUCAGGUGAAGGAAUUAGGAGCUGUACUCUACAAUUGUACCUGUCUUGCAAAUGAUAUUGGCAAAAUUUUUGAUGUAUAUUGGUCUCUAGGACAACCCAAUGCACAAAUUCCAGGAAUGUGGCCAGAUACACUAUCAACUCCUUAUGGUAUCCAAACUCCUAUGAAUGUGUCACUCAAUGGCACAGACUCCUUAGUAUAUGUUUCAUGGGGUGUAAAUACAGGACAUAUCUCAGACAAACAGUUGGGAGCAAUUUUCCUGAUGGCCUACAUAUGGUUGAGAAAGAAGUAUGAUUUGUUGCUUGACACUCCUGAAAACUUCCUACAGACUCGGGAUCUCAAAAUCAACUAUCAAAGAUGGAGAGAAGAACAAACAUAUGAAAGACUCACAAGAGGAAUACUUUGGACCGAUAUAGAUGAUGCCCUGAGAGCUGCUGCAAUUAAUCGAAACAUUCACGUCCGAUUACUCAUUAGUCUCUGGAAUCACACUCGACCUGCAAUUCCACAUUUCUUGAAUUCACUGAGAGCUCUAUCUGGAGCUUAUAAAAAUGUUCUAGUAGAAGUGAAAAUGUUUGUUGUGCCAAGCACACCAGAACAAAAGAAGAUACCUUUUGCAAGGGUCAACCAUAAUAAAUACAUGGUUACAGAUAAAACUGCAUAUAUUGGUACUUCUAAUUGGUCUGGAGAUUAUUUCAUAAAUACAGCUGGCGUUGGUCUUGUUGUGUCAGAAAGUAAUAAUGAUAGUGAUGACAACUCUCUGCGAGCACAACUGCAGUCUGUAUUUGAACGAGACUGGAAUUCAAGUUAUGCUCAACCUGUGCCCUCUGUACAAUGAAUUCCACAAUGUUAUGCUUCUUGAAUUAAAUUGACUUAUGUAAGAUGUGUGACAUUACAAGGAUUUAGUGCUUUCAGUAUCCAGAACUAUUUCAAAGAACUACAGAAUGUGCAAGAUUUGUGUGUGAAAAAUCAUCAUUAAGUCUUCAGUAGUGCUCUGAAAGAGAUUUUAUAAACAUUUUGGUAACAGAACUUCUUUGUUCAGCUGUUAUUUUUGAAAAGUAACAGAUUGUUUGAAGGAAAUUGAAAGAUUGUGCACACGUUUUUUGAGGAUUUGGUUUCUCAAAGUAACUGAAAACACUUCAUCAUAGACUUAAAAAGAAAUCUUUCUCAGAAGUCAUUUUAAUUCCAUUUACCCUGAUAAGUUCCAUUCAAUGUGAUAAUUAUGUGAUUCUGUAAGUGCAACAUCAAUUUAUACUUAUGAUUAUUGGAUUGAAUAUUGCCGACUGUAAGAGGAGGUAACAAAGACAUUAUUCUUCAGUAAGGAAUUGGGAACUAUAACUGGAGUUUUCAACAUGAAAGAGUGCAUCUAAUUUUCUCCAAUUGGAUCAGUCCUUCCAACUUUUAUAUCAGUACCUACUCUAGUGAUUUACUUUUUUUCUCCAGCAUGAAAACUCAUUGUUAAAAUAUGCAGAGUUAAUCAUUAGAUUUAAAUGCAUAAAUGAACUGUACAUACUUUUUUACUGUUGCAUUUCUAGAGAUAUUGAAAAAUAUUAAAAAUAGCCUCUACUGGAAGAAUUACGAUUUUGCAUGUCUAUCCCAUAAUUUUGUUGGUAAUAUCAUUUACAUAAUUUUCUCAUAAAUAUUCCAGAAUUUACUUU